GCACAUUCGAUUAAUAGCACAGCAACAGGUUAUCGAACAAACUGUUUUCAAAAUUAUACCAACCCUAGCUCGAAACACUGCUCUGUCAAAUAUGGAAACAUUUUCUAGCUUAACGCAAAAUUGGAUAAAAGGCCAUCCCAUUUGGGCGGCCAUGAUUCUGGGCAGCGGUGCAGUGUUUGCCUCGGAGAUCAUUUGGAGCGGCAUCAAGUAUGUGCGUGACAAGUUUAGAAUCGCCAAGAAUCAUGUGCUAGCCGUGCUUGUAUUCAACGAAAAGAGCGUUAUUUGCGCGGACAAGCACAAGAUAAAUAGAAACUACCAAUGCAGCAACAAGUACUGCAAGGAGAAACAUUUAAGGAUACUUGUAAAUCUUAUAGAUCGAGCAGAAUACAGCAUCGAUAUCGCCAUGUAUACAGUUACCAUAUUUGCAAUAACGGAUGCGCUAAAACAUGCAAUAGCUCGCGGCUUGAAUGUGCGUCUAAUUUACGACAAAGAGAUGAUGGUUUGUUCAGGAUCACAGAUUGAAAUCCUUGACAAACACGGCGUCCAAGUGCGCGCUCCAGCUAAUACCGCAACAGCUCUGAUGCAUCACAAGUUCUGUGUGUUGGACAGUUCAUCGCGCAUUAAGGAGCUCACAGGGAAACAACAGACAAAUAAUUCUCGCAGUAUUCUUGUUAGCGGCUCAGCCAACUGGACACAACAGGCAUUUAGCGGCAACUGGGAGAACACUGUUAUUUACGCGGACAAAGCAGUAAUUGCGUGCUUCCAAAAUGAGUUCGAUCGUAUAUGGAAAUCUCUAGACAACUCUUAUAUUACAUCUUAAUAUUAA